GUGUGUACGUAUGUACAUACAUCUGUAUGUCUGUUUACACAUAAUAAAAUGAAUAAUAAUAAUAAUAGGUGCUGGACACACACACACACACACACACACACACACACACACACACACACAUGCAUAACACAUCGAGCAGCACCUCAGGGGAAGUGUAUCUUCAUGUGCCGGGCAAUAUCCACCUUGGUCUUGAAAUGUUUCUUACAAACAUCACACUUAAACUCUCUCAGGCCACAGUGUCUCAAGAUGUGCUUGUUCAACACAGACAUAGAAAGGAACCUCCUGCCACACUCUUGGCAUUCAUGAGGUCUUUCACCAGUGUGUGUAAGGGUGUGUGUGUUGAGGGAACUCUUAACUCUGAACUUUUUGCCACAGUCACGGCAUUCAUGAGGUCUUUCACCAGUGUGUGUAAGGGUGUGUGUGUUGAGGGCACUCUUAUGGUUAAACUUUUUGCCACACUCUUGGCAUUCAUGAGGUCUUUCACCAGUGUGUGUAAGGGUGUGUGUGUUGAGGGCACUCUUAUGGUUAAACUUUUUGCCACACUCUUGGCAUUCAUGAGGUCUUUCACCAGUGUGUGUAAGGGUGUGUGUGUUGAGGUGACUCUUCCUACUGAACUUUUUGCCACACUCACGGCAUUCAUGAGGUCUUUCACCAGUGUGUGUAAGGGUGUGUGUGUUGAGGGCACUCUUAUGGUUAAACUUUUUGCCACACUCUUGGCAUUCAUGAGGUCUUUCACCAGUGUGUGUAAGGGUGUGUGUGUUGAGGGCACUCUUCUGGCUGAACUUUUUGCCACACUCUUGGCAUUCAUGAGGUCUUUCACCAGUGUGUGUAAGGAUGUGUGUGUUGAGGUGACUCUUCCUACUGGACUUUUUGCCACACUCUUGGCAUUCAUGAGGUCUUUCACCAGUGUGUGUAAGAGUGUGUGUGUUGAGGGUACUCUUAACACUGAGCUUUUUGCCACACUCUUGGCAUUCAUGAGGUCUUUCACCAGUGUGUGUAAGGGUGUGUCUGUUGAGGGCACUCUUAUGGUUAAACUUUUUGCCACACUCUUGGCAUUCAUGAGGUCUUUCACCAGCGUGUGUAAGGGUGUGUGUGUUGAGGGAACUUUUAGCACUGAACUUUUUGCCACAGUCAUGGCAUUCAUGAGGUCUUUCACCAGUGUGUGUAAGGGUGUGUGUGUUGAGGGCCUUCUUUGCACUAAACUUUUUGCCACAGUCAUGGCAUUCAUGAGAUCUUUCACCAGUGUAUGUAAGGGUGUGUGUGUUGAGGGCCUUCUUUGCACUAAACUUUUUGCCACACUCUUGGCAUUCAUGAGGUCUUUCACCAGUGUAUGUAAGGGUGUGUGUGUUGAGGGCCUUCUUUGCACUGAACUUUUUGCCACAGUCAUGGCAUUCAUGAGGUCUUCCUCCAGAGUGUGUGGAUGUGCUUGGUGAGGUUAGCCUUCCCAGGGAGUCUUUUCCCACACUCUUGGCUCUCAUGGUUUCCUUCAGCAGUGUGUGCAAGGCUGUGUCUGGUGGAGCUGUUCUGUCUCAAGGCUUCCUGCACUCAAACUUUCCCUUUCCUUUAUGGCUGGAGGUGCCAGCAGCAAGGUGGUGGUGGUGGCUCUCCUGAUCACCCCUGACCCUCACAGCAGAGACAGUCUGCUCCUGCUGGCCCCGGGCACUCCGGCUGCUGCCCGGCCUGGCAGCCUCCACUGGAACAGAGGCCAGCAGCAGCCAGGAUGCAAGGAGCGCUGAGCACAGCACCGCCUCAGACCCUCACUUCUGCACAGCACCGGCGGGGCUGCAGGGACAAAGAUCACAUCCUCAUAGAAACAGGAUUCAAAAUAAAAAGCAUCGGCA